AUGUUAAGGAACCAUGAGAAUUUAACAGUAAGUAUUAAAGAUAAAAGUUCUGGAAAAGAUAACCCUUUAGAAGUGGAGACUGAGGAGAAUCGACAUCAAAGUUUGAAUAAGGAUCAAAAGCCUACUACAUACAGUUCAGCGCAAUUCCUGAUUUCUGCAGGAGGUCUCACAACAAUACUGUUUCUAUUACUAAUAGAUGUGGAUAGUAGUUCUACUGAAGGAAAAGUGAAAUAUAUGAAAUUCAAAAGCUGGAAGAGAAUUUUAGAUAGCUUUGAGGACUUUAAUGAUUGGACUUAUGAUUGGAUUAUUGAUAACAUUAUCAACAAAAUAUUCCCUCUGAGUAAUGAACCGCUACUUCCAGAAUUUGAAGAUUUGGGAUAUCCUGAAAACCUCCCAACAUUAGUUUUAGAUUUAGAUAAACUGAUAUGUAAGUUGUCUCACAAUAGAAAAAAUGGUUGGGGUAUUGUUAAGAGACCUGGUGCUGAUAGGUUAUUUAAAGAGCUUAUGCAUUAUUACGAAAUAGUAAUAUGGAGCGAUGAAAUAUUCCCUAUCCCUCAGGAUGCUGUAAAUAAAUGGAAUCUACCUGUGAUAGGAGUUCUAGAUAGAACCCAAUGUACGAGGAAGAGAGGGAAGAUUAUUAAGGACUUAUCACGUUUGGGAAGGGAUUUGAAUAGAGUACUGUUAAUAGACCAUGAUUCCAAUGCAGCCUCAAUGCAACCUAAUAAUGCAGUAAUCUUAUCGAGCUAUGAUGGUGAUCCAAAUGACAGAGAACUUGAAUAUCUUAUUGACUUUUUAAAGGCAGCAGCAGUGCAACCAAGCAGUCUUCAAGAUUUUCUGAAUAAAUAUGGUGGAGGAGAUAAAGACAUUGGAUUAAGAUAUAAACUAGAGAAGACUGAGAUUGAACGUAGAAGUCAAGCUAGACGACCUCUUGGAAAGUUUUUCGCAUCAAAAGGCAUCAAUACUUAG